UUUAUUGUCUGGGCUACCAGAGCCCCAGGGGCAGCGGCUGCCAGAUUCUCCUCGCAGAAAUAUCGCGGGCUACGCAACUUGGUCUGAGCAAUGGCACCCAAGAAAGCUAAGAAGAGGUCCGAAGGAGCCAACUCCAACGUCUUCUCCAUGUUUGAACAGGCCCAGAUCCAGGAGUUCAAAGAGGCUUUUACGAUUAUGGAUCAGAACCGUGAUGGCUUCAUUGAUAAAGCAGACCUGAGAGACACAUUUGCGGCAUUAGGGCGUUUGAAUGUGAAAAAUGAAGAACUAGAGGAUAUGGUCAAAGAAGCUCCUGGACCAAUUAACUUCACUGUGUUCUUGACCAUGUUUGGAGAGAAACUCAAAGGUGCUGAUCCGGAAGAGACUAUUCUGAACGCAUUCAAAGUUUUCGACCCCGAGGGCAAAGGCUUGAAAGCAAAUUACAUUAAAGAGAUGCUCAUGACGCAAGGAGAACGGUUUUCAAAGGACGAGGUAGACCAAAUGUUUGCCGCUUUCCCUCCAGACGUCACUGGAAACCUGGACUAUAAGAAUAUCGUCCACAUAAUCACACACGGAGAAGAAAAGGAUUGAAGCAGGAGGGUGUCGGAGUCCGCAGUCCACACAGCAAGAGGCGCGCCCCGUGUUGACUGGCGCUGCUUCCGCUGCCCCUCUCUGGGCCUAUCCGGGGUGUUUGCCACCUGAACGUUGUCGUCAUUCUCAUGUUUCUCGUCUGUCUUUUUUGUAGAGGAAACUUGGCUGUAACUGCAGAAAUGUGUUUCUAACGUUGCAUCUGUAUUAAAGUACUUUUCAGUUGGUGAGAGAGAAAUCCAA